AGAUUUAUCUAUAUAUCUUUGGCCUGGCUAAGCUCGUUUUUCGUGCUGUCGUGUGUUAUCUGUUUCCCGCCAUAUAUCCAAUAAGCUUUAACCAUGUCUGCCUUUGUUGGAAAGUACGCAGAUGAGCUUAUCAAGAAUGCCAAGUACAUAGCCACACCAGGGAAGGGGAUCCUGGCAGCAGAUGAGAGCACGGGCACCAUCGGGAAGCGCCUAGCGAGCAUUAACGUUGAGAACAUUGAGGCCAACCGCCAAGCCCUUCGCGAGCUUCUCUUCACCGCUCCAAAUGCCCUCCAAUACCUCUCUGGUGUCAUCCUCUUUGAGGAAACUCUUUACCAGAAGACCUCUGAUGGGAAGCCUUUCGUUGAGGUCCUUCAAGAGAACAAUGUCAUCCCGGGCAUCAAAGUGGACAAGGGCGUUGUUGAGUUGGCUGGCACAAACGGUGAAACCACCACUCAGGGCUUCGACUCUCUCGGAGCUCGGUGCCAGCAGUACUACAAGGCUGGUGCACGCUUUGCAAAGUGGCGUGCAGUUCUCAAAAUUGGCCCAACUGAGCCCUCUCAGUUGUCCAUCCAGCAAAAUGCACAGGGCUUGGCACGCUAUGCCAUCAUUUGCCAGGAGAAUGGCCUUGUGCCCAUUGUUGAGCCUGAGAUUUUGACUGAUGGGGCUCAUGACAUCGCCAAAUGUGCUGCUGUUACUGAAACUGUGCUUGCAGCUGUUUACAAGGCACUCAAUGAGCAGCAUGUCCUUCUUGAAGGAACUCUUCUCAAGCCCAACAUGGUUACUCCCGGCUCUGAUAGCCCAAAGGUACCACCUGAGGUGAUUGCUGAGUACACAGUUCAAGCACUCCGCAGGACUGUCCCAGCUGCGGUGCCAGGGGUUGUGUUUCUGUCUGGUGGGCAAAGUGAAGAAGAAGCUACCCUCAACCUGAAUGCAAUGAACAAGUCGGAGGUGUUGAAGCCAUGGACUCUCUCAUUCUCAUUCGGGCGAGCACUGCAACAAAGCACACUCAAGACAUGGGGUGGAAAGAAGGAGAAUGUUGCCAAAGCUCAAGAGGCAUUUCUGGCAAGAUGCAAGGCCAAUUCUGAUGCUACUCUGGGAAAGUAUGUUGGUGGAAGCGGAAGUGGCUUGACUUCUGAGAGUUUGUAUGUCAAGAACUACAAUUAUUAAACUUCUAAGAGUGUGUUUGUUUCUCCUUUUAAAAUCCAUUUAAACGUCAAUCCAUGCUUUUGGUUCAGUCACGUUGAGGUGCAUAAGAAAGCGUGACAAGGGAGAAACAAACAUACUCUAAAUGGACUUGGGGACUGAUUUGGGCUAAGUGCAUUGUGGCAGAUGUAUGAUACAGCCUAAGGAUUUGCUUCUGAUUAACAUGCUUAUUUUUGGGUUACAUAUUUUUUACAAACAUCAGUUAUUAUGUUAUAGGAGCCAAUUUUAAUGUCAAAUGGUGAUAGCGUACCACUCAAAUAAUUGUUAGAGGGAGGCUGGUAUAUAUUGUCAGAAACAGUAAUAUACUUUAUAAAAUGUGUAAUUACUUAACACA